AUGCGCGCGGAUGCCGUCGUGGAGGCGUUUUUGAGGGGGGAAGAGCUGCAGUUGCUGGAUGCCAGGACGCUGACCACCUGCUUAGGGGAGCUGCGAAGGCGAAAGCCCUCCUCAGCGCCCGCCCUGCUGGAUGCCGCCUGCCGGCUGUCCUGCGAGGUCAACGUCAUCCACUUCAACGCAGCCAUCAGCGCCUGCGACUCCUGGGUUGCCGCUCUGCAUCUCUUCGAGCGCGCGCGACGCGUGUCCUCCGCCGACGUGGUGACCUACGGCGCGGCGCUGCACGGCCUGGCGCGGGCUGGGCGCUGGCAGGCGGCCUUGACGCUGCUGCAGGAGGCGUUGCAGAAAUCGCUCCAGAACGCUGUCAUCUUCGGAUCGAGUAUUGCAGCCACGGCGAAGGAGCGCAGAUGGCCCUGGGCGUUGCAGUUGUUGCAGCAGAUGGCCUGCCUCACUGUAGAGGCCUCCGGCGUGGCGCGGAAUUCGGCCGCCGGCGCUGUGACUUGGCAGGCGGCGCUGAAGGUGGCGCCCAGUGGAAGUGGGGCGGCGAUGUCUGCAUUGGAAGGCGAAUGGCCUCAAGCGCUGCGGCUGAUGGAGCACAUGCGCUGCCAAGGAGCGGAGGUGACGGCGCAGUGUCGCACCUCCGGCCUCGACGUGGUGGGCAAGGCGGAGCAGUGGCCCAAGGCCUUGGAAUUGCUCUCUGGGGGCGAGCAAGACGCCAUCAUGUGCAGUGCUGCGAUCAGCGCAUGCGAGAGAUGUGCAUGCUGGCAGUCAGCCAUGGAUGUGCUGAGCAGCAUUCACCCUUCACAGAGGACGGUGUCCGCCCUCAACGCAGCCAUCAGCGCCCUUGGCAAGGCCUCCCAGUGGCUCAUGGCGCUGAACCUGGCGAAGCAGCUGGGCAGACGGGCUGACGUCAUCACUUUCAACGCCCUGAUGAACGCGGCGGACAAGAGCCGGCAAUGGCCUUUGGCUUUGCACCUCCUUGACACCAUGCGCCAAAGAGCCCUGCUAGCGGAUGCAAUUACCUACACAGCAGCACUGGGCGCGAGCGAAAAAUCUGAGUGGACCAUCACCAUGGCGCUGCUGCAGGAGGUGAUCGACGCAGGCUUGGAUGAAUGGAAACCGGAUGACAUUGACUAUGUGCACUACUUCCAAGCUGGGUCGCCGGUUGACUGUCUCAAGCAUGCGGUGCUGGUCGAAGCGCUGAUGCAGAUGGUCGCGGAUCCCGAGCCCUUCCAAUACAUGGACACACACGCUGGCACUGGUGUAUAUGAUUUGUCGUCCCCAGAGGCGCUGCGCUUUGGGAACCACGUGACGGGGAUCCAGCGACUGGCGGAGUCGCAAAGUCAUCGCAGCCGAGGGAUGGCCGAGUACGUGAAGAUACACAGGAGAUUCGGAAGCGAGAAUGAUUAUUUGGGUUCGCCGGCGAUUGCCAGCUGUUUCCUGCGGCCCCAAGAUACCGCGCUUGUGUUCGAGGCCUCGCCCAAAGUGGGUGACGCGCUCGCAGAGAAUCUGCGGCGCCUCGAGCGCGGCGCGGGCGCGGGGUGUGGCACGCGGGUGGUGCGCGGGGACUGCUACAAGUGGUUUGCCAGAGGAGGUUUUGAAGAUGGAGCUCGGAAGUUGGUUCUCAUUGACCCACCUUACGAUUCUGCGAGCUCCUCCGACAAGUGGAAUCUUUUCCUGGUGAAGGUCAUCCGGAGCAGAUGGCCCUCGAGUUCCGUACUUCUUUGGUAUCCCUGCAUUUCGGAGAGCCAAACGGAUCGCUUCCAGCAGCGGCUGCUUGCCAUGGGCCUGGGCCGAAUUCUGGUGGCGGAGCUGGAGGUGGCAACCACCCGCGUCGGACCGCCGACGACUUCCAGGACCUCCAUGCUGAUGGUCAAUGCGCCGGACACCUCCCUCGAGGCCUUCACCGUCCUCCUGGCGGAGUUGCAGCGGGACCUGGGAGAACUUUUGCAACGAAGUUUGGAUCCUUCCAGCACGGCUUGGGAGUACUCGACCGACUGCCGUGGGCACAAGGUCUCCGCCCGGAUCGGGAUGACCUGGUUUCAUGGAGCCGGCUUCUGGUGCUUUGCCUCCGGGAUUCGUGGGCCCAUUGUGGGCGUUUGGCCAGAAGGGCCGAGGCCCAUGAUGAACGUCCUGCUGGGCACCACGCCGCGAGGCUGGCAGGUGAUGGUGGCGCCACCAUUUGACACCACCUUGACCUUCUUGAACGGGAAGUACUUUUACUUGAGGAGGAUCGAGUUCAACUCGCCCUCCGAAAAUUCUCUUGGCGGCCAGAGCUUCGACAUGGAAAUGCAGCUGGUGCACACAGCUGAGGAUGGUCAGCUCCUGGUGAACUCCGUGUUCUUGCAGGUCGGCCUGGUGGAGGGAAACGAGUACUUGAGUACGUUCUGGCCCCAAUUUUCCCCCACGGUCAGUGCAGAUGGGAUACCUACGCGGAUCGGCAACCCCUACGCGGCGCUGCCAGACGACAAGUCCCUCUUCGCCUACAACGGCUCCGGCACGGUGCCGCCCUGCGGGACGGAUGCCAUUUGGAUGGUCUUCAAGGAGCCCCUCUGGAUCAGCCGCGCCCAGCGGGACUUGUACCGCCAGGCCUUGAACGCGAGCUCGAGCCCUUCGGCCUUCCUGCGCUUCGGGCCUCCUCCGCAAGGAGUGGUGCAGCCUUGGAGCACGGAGCUGGGCAUGAAUAACAGGAUUCUGCAGCCUCAAGGGAGCAGACAGAUCAUGUACUUCGAGAUGUCCAACGUCCCUGCGAAGUCCUCCUUCGACUUCACCAAGGGCCACUUCUGGGGCUUCCUGGGCAUCGGCCUGCUGCUGUUCUCCGUGGUCAUCGGACUUUGCGCGCUAUGCUGCCUUUUGUGCGGAGCGAAGCGCUCGGUGCGCACCAAGGAGAUGAUUUACGCUGAGAGCGACGAGGACCGGCAGCCCCUGCGCGGCGCCGGCAACAUGCCCGGGGCGCCCAGCGAUAGAGGAGGCGAAUGUGCGCCUUCGGAAAGUUGA